AUUGAAUGGUAAUUAGAAAAUAAUGCGAAUUGAGUUGACUUUUCUUUCAUUUCUCAAGCAAUUUUAGUCAAAAAAUAUCAUUUUACUGUGGUUAUUCGCGUAGAAUUAACGUGUCUGUAUAUUUUAUUCAGUGUUUUAUUAGUGCUAAGUGAAUAUGGCUGAUUUCUUCGACUCUGAGGCCGAGGAGAGUGGAUUGUCUGAAGAUGACGAGCAGCCCACAGAGCGUAAGAAGGUUAAGCGCAAAGCACAAGUUCAGAGUGACGACGAAGAUGAAGACGAAGAAGACGAUGAGGACCGUCUGCGUGAGGAGCUAAAAGACUUGAUAGAUGAUGCUCCUAUAGAUGAAUCAGGUAGUGACGGAGAAGAUUCUGAUGAAGGUCCUACAAAGAAACGGAAAAAGAGUGAUGAUGAACUUGACGACCGGUUAGAAGAUGAAGAUUAUGAUCUCAUUGAAGAGAAUCUUGGUGUUAAAGUUGCAAGGAAUAAAUUUAAACGUCUUCGACGUUUGGAAGACGAUGACAGUGACAAUGAGGGGGCCGAUGACCCGGAUCUAGAGAGAGAGGUUAUUGCAGAAAAACUCUUUGUCGGAGGAUCUGAUGAGGAGGAUGAGAAUCGUUCAGAAGCAGCAGCCCACCACCAGCAAGCGCAAGCGGAGUACGAUGAUGACAAUGAGGACAUGGAAUCGGACGCCGAUGACUUUAUUGUGGAUGAUGAUGGCAGACCAAUCGCUGAGCGGAAGAAGAAACGUAAACCGAUCUUCACUGAUGCAUCCCUCCAAGAAGGUCAGGACAUAUUCGGUGUGGACUUUGACUAUGAUGAGUUUGAGAAGUAUGGUGAUGAAGAUUAUGAGGAUGAGGAUGAAGAGGACCUGGACGAGUACAUUGAGGAUGAGGAAGAUGAUGGUGAACGAAGGAGAACUAAAAAGGGUAAACCAAAGCGUCCCAGCAAGAAGUCUAUAUUUGAAAUAUAUGAACCGAGCGAGUUGAAGAGAAGCCACUUCACUGAUCUGGAUAAUGAGAUCCGCAAACUGGACGUUCCCGAGAGAAUGCAGAUUCGGGAGGUCCCGAUUACGGCGGUUGAGGAAGGCAGCACUGAGCUGGAAGAUGAAGCCGAGUGGAUAUACAAGCAGGCCUUCCUCAAGGCUCCCGUGUCCAAGGCUGACUCGCAGGAGGCUAGGGAGAGGUCACGCAGGGGCUCAAGUACGAUAACGAAGAUCCGUCAAGCGCUGGACUUCAUGCGCAACCAGACCUUAGAGGUGCCGUUCAUAGCGUUCUACCGCAAGGAGUACGUGCAGCCCGAGUUAAAUAUAAACGACCUGUGGAAGGUCUACAAGUAUGAUGCUAAGUGGUGCCAAUUAAAGCAACGCAAGGAGAACCUUCUCAAACUCUUGGAGAACAUGCGGGAGUACCAGCUCGAUAAGGUGAUGGAGAACCCUGACGCUCCCAUACCGGACACCAUGAGGCUCAUCAGGGACGAGGACAUUGAGAGACUAAAGAACGUCCAAACGUCGGAGGAGCUUCGUGACGUGCACACACAUUUCCUGCUGUACUAUUCGCACGACCUGCCCGAGAUGCAGAAGGUGCAGCGAGUUAAAGAGAAGAAGAGAGAACUUGAGGAGAAGAAGAAAAUGGCCCGCGAAGAAGCCGAGAAGAACGGCGAGGAUCCCGAGGAGGCGGCUGCCGAAGUAGAGGCGCGGGCUUCCGAGGAGGAAGACCAUCCUUGUGACGUCAAAUACGCCGUGCGCUCCGGGCCUUACGAGCUAUGCAGGAAGGCCGGCAUUGAGCCGCUGGUGAAGAAGUUCGGCCUGACGCCGGAGCAGUUCGCGGAGAACGUGCGCGACAACUACCAGCGCCACGAGGUCGAGCAGCAGCCCGUCGCGCCCUUGGAGGCUGCUGCGCCCUACGCCCUGGCCACAGGCUCGGCAGCGGAGGUGGUGCGGCGCGCCGUAUACAUGUGUGGCGUGCAGUUAGCACGCGAGCCUUUAUUACGGAGCACGCUCCGAGAUGCGCUGAGAGAGCGAGCCACGCUGACUGUGCGACCCACGGCGCGUGGCAUGAAGGAGAUCGACGAGAACCAUCCAUGCUUUGGCUUGAAAUACCUGAAGAAAAAGCCAGUCCGCGACCUGACCGGCGACCAGUAUCUCAAGCUGACGAUGGCGGUGGAAGACAAGCUUCUGGAGGUUUCCAUCAGCGAGCAGAUCGAGGGGAACACCGGCCCCAGCUACCUUGAGGAGCUGAAGCAGCUGUACCAGAAGGACGAGUUUGCAGCCACGGUGCAGGCGUGGAACGACCUUCGCGUGGAGGCGGUGACCAUAGCGCUGACCAAGAUCGUCAUGCCCGAGCUCCGCAGGGAGCUACACUCGGUCCUGUUGCAGGAGUCCAAGGAGUAUGUGCUCAAGUGUUGCCGUCGCCGCUUAUACGACUGGCUGAAAGUGGCUCCGUACGAGUCGAGAAUAUCGGACGAUGAUGACGAAGAAUGGGAUACCGCAAACGGAUUGCGCGUGCUAUCAAUAGCAUACGUCCCGGACCGCGCUCACUCGGCCUUCGCGUGCGUGGUGGCGGCUGCCGGCGAGGUGGUCGACCACCUGCGCCUGCCGCACCUGCUGUACCGCCGCAACGCCUGGGACGCGCUCGAGCGCAAGAACAAGGAGGCCGACAUGACCGCGCUCCGGAGGUUCAUCCUCCGCAAGAAGCCUCACGUGAUCGUGAUCGGCGGGGAGUCCCGCGACGCUCUCACCGUGAAGGCCGACGUGUCGGAGUGCGUGCAGCGCCUGGUGGAAGACGAGCAAAUCCCGCGGAUCCCCAUCGAGAUCGCGGAUAACCACAUCAGCAAGAUCUACAGCAAUAGCAUUCGCGGCCGGAACGACUUCAGAGAAUACCCCGAUACACUCCGUCAAGCUGUAUGCCAAGGUCGUCUCCUCCAAGAUCCGCUUAUGGAAAUCUCACAGCUCUGUGGCCCCGACGAGGAAAUACUUUGCUUGCGGUACCACCCGCUCCAGGACCAGAUAUCCAAAGAGGAUCUGUUAGAAGGCAUCGAGCUGGAAUUCGUGAAUCGAGUGAACGAAGUCGGUGUAGACAUGAAUGAAGCCAUUCUGACAGGCCGAGGCACAGAGUUACUCCAAUACGUCUGCGGUCUAGGUCCAAGGAAAGCUCAAGCCUUAAUCAAGCUCUUCAAACAGACCAAUCAGAAGCUAGAAAACAGAACGCAGUUAGUUACAGUUUGCCACAUGGGUCCAAAGGUGUUCAUCAAUUGCUCAGGUUUUAUAAAGAUUGAUACGAGCAGUUUAGGAGAUAGUACGGAGGCAUACAUCGAAGUGUUGGACGGGUCGCGUGUUCACCCGGAAACUUAUGAAUGGGCGAGGAAAAUGGCUGUGGACGCUUUGGAAUACGAAGACGAGGAUGCCAAUCCAGCGGGGGCCGUAGAGGAAAUCCUCGAAGCGCCCGAAAGGCUAAAGGAUUUAGAUCUCGACGCCUUCGCCGAAGAAUUGGAGCGCCAAGGCUUCGGAAACAAAUGUAUCACGCUGUACGAUAUCCGAGCUGAAUUGAACUCUAGGUAUAAAGACCUCAGGGUUCCGUAUCGCUCGGCGACUCCCGAGGAGUUGUUCGAUAUACUGACCAAAGAGUCUCCAGAGACGUUUUACUUAGGCAAGAUGGUGCUGGCUUCGGUGAUCGGCAUCACGCAUAGAAAGCCUCAAAGAGAGAUGCUGGACCAGGCCAACCCUGUGAGGAACGACGAGACUGGACUCUGGGAGUGCCCCUUCUGUCACAAGAAUGACUUCCCUGAGUUAUCUGAGGUAUGGAACCACUUCGACGCGGGCGCGUGUCCGGGCCAAGCGACCGGCGUCCGGAUCCGGCUGGACAACGGGCUGUCCGGGUACAUCCACAUCAAGAACCUGUCCGACCGGCACGUGGCGGACCCCACGGAGCGCGUCCGGAUCGGACAGACGGUGCACUGCCGGAUCAUCAAGAUCGAUGUGGAGAGGUUCUCGGUGGACUGCUCGUCUAAGUCUUCGGACUUGUUGGAUAAAAAUAAAGAGUGGAGACCGCCAAAAGACCCGUACUACGACCAAGAGGCAGAGGACAAAGACAUCCGCAAAGAAAAGGAUGCAAAGCAAACUAAAGAACGGAUGCAGUAUGUCAAGCGGGUGAUCGUGCAUCCUGCUUUCCACAACAUAUCCUUCGCCGAGGCAGAGAAGCUUAUGGAGAAUAUGGCGCAAGGAGAGGUCAUUGUCAGGCCGAGCAGUAAGGGCUCCGAUCACUUGACAGUAACGUGGAAGGUGGCUGACGGCAUCUGCCAACACAUCGACGUCCGCGAGGAGGGCAAAGAAAACGCGUUUUCAUUAGGACGAAGUCUCUGGAUACAGGGAUCCGAGUUCGAGGAUCUCGACGAAAUCAUCGCGCGCCACGUGACGCCGAUGGCGGGCCACGCGCGCGAUCUCAUCUCCUACAAGUACUACCGGCCGCUCGGAGGCAUGCGUGACAAGGCCGAAGAAGUGCUCAAAGAAGAAAAGGCCAAGAACGCCAACAAGAUUCAUUAUGUCAUAUCCGCGGCGAAGAAUCACCCCGGCCGGUUUUUGCUAUCGUAUCUCCCGCGGGCGAGGUGUACUCACGAGUAUGUGUCCGUCACGCCCGACGGCUACAAGUUCAGGCAGCGGAUGUUUGAUUCUCUUGGCGGGUUGCUCAAAUGGUUUAAAGAGCACUUCAGAGAUCCGCCACCGAGCGGGACGCCUCUACAGCGUACGCCGGCGUUACGUACUCCGCACGCGUCCACGAUAUACCACACGCCGCAUGCUCAUACGCCGGCUUUCCAUACGCCGGCUCACACGCCGGGCCCGGCGUAUAUCAAUACGCCUUAUACGCCGUCGGCGCAAACGCCGUACAUGACGCCGUUCGCCGCCACGCCGCGACAGCCUGACUUCCUCACGCCAGCUGCGCCGCGACACAAGCCUAUUGCCGUGCCCGUGCAGAUGCAGCAGCAAAUGCAGCCUAUUUACACAGAACCAGCCGACUGGCAGAAGGCGGCCGAAGACUGGGUGCGGCACCGCACUCGCGACACGCCCGCCACGCCGCGCGGCAGCGAGGGCGGCGCCACGCCCCGCCACGUCCGCUCUACGCCGCGACACGACGCGCGCUCCACGCCACGACACGACGCCCGCUCGACUCCACGACACGACGUCCGCGGCACGCCGCACUCGCACCACUCGCACUCGGGCCGGUCGUCGCGCGCGGCGUCGGCGCGCUCCACGCCACACACCAAUACCUCGCCGCGCUCCAUGUCGCUGGGCGACGCGACGCCGCUCUACGACGAGAACUAGGAAGACUGACGGCUUGCCGAACUGAAUCGUAUUUUUAUUUUUGUACCGUUUAGCGACGGGGCGCGGCGUAGUGUGGCUUCGACUCCGGUGAUGUUUCUGGCGCGGCGAGGUUCAGUUUCAAUAAUCUUGCUAUCGUGUUUUAUCCACUCAUGUAUCGCUUUGACAGCCCUCGAUAACUAAAAUCGUUGGCAAGAUUAAUUUGAAUUUGGUCGAUAAAAAUCUGAUGCGUCAAAGAUGCCGUUCGAAGUUUAUUUUAGCUUGAAAUCUUAACCGUCUUUCGGGGACGUUAGUUUUCUCUAUCCAUUACGUACUUCCUAAUCUAUAUUAUGAAUUUAAUGUAACCUUAUCUUAAUCCUCUCAUUUUGUUAUUGUUUCGUGACUUCGUAACUUCCACCUUCCCUAUUAUUUAUUAUAGGAAAAUAAAUUGCUGGAAAAAGAAUUCUAAAUAGCAAAUGUUCAAUAGCAAUAAUCAUGUACCUUUAAAGUGAGAGAUUUAUAUAUUCCUGUUACCAUUGCAGUUUUCAUUAUAGUAUCAAAUUCUAUAGCUAAUUGGCAGUCAUAUGUUUACUAGAUAUUUUGUUAUCUAAGUCGGCGCAUGUGCCCAUAUAAAAAUUAUGGAUAAAUAUUUAUUAUUCUCGGACAUAUAACUAUGUAUUGUUUGGAUUUAAUAGUACCAAGCUGUUGGUAUUUUGAUAGAUUGUAUUAGUUAUCUGUUUUGGUAUGAGCGUGAAGUUUACUGGUCAUGAAGGGAGUAAUGUCCGCGCCAAUAUAAUGUGGAAACCUUUUUAAAAAGGUAAAGUUUUUGAACAAAAUUGUGUGAUGGGCAGUUUAGCUAUCGGCAUACUUUUUAUGAGAUGUCUAAAUAUGACUCCUACAGAAUUUAUUUAGCAAUAGAAACCUUAUGGAUUUUAAAACUAGUACUAAUUUGCGUUAAUAAAAAAAAGGGUUUCCAUGGUUAAAAUGAAGUUUAGAAAAUUUAUUCUUUACAUCACUAUAAUGUUUUUUGCAAGGUUUGUCAAUUUCUAAUUGGCGCGAAUAUACUCGUGGAUUUGUGUAAGUUUUAGUUGUAUAGUACUUAUUAUUAUAAAAUAUUAUUAAGGAGCGCACACACCAAGUUAUCCAAGUAUAAUAAUGCCUUAUUGUGCCUAAAAUAAACGAUUUAACGAUGUAUAGUUGCCUUUACCCCUAACAAGAUAUCAAUUAAUUAAUAGCUGACAUGUUCACGCUCAUACGAAAUUAUAUAAGAUCGCGUUACUGUAAUUUGUUAUAAUAGCUUUGUAUUGAAGCAUUUUGCAUCCAACUCCAAUGUAACGAGCCUGACAUGCCUUAGGGAUGGUCAGUGAACAGUUCUCUACAUAUUCACGGCCAUUCUCUCGAUAAAACGUAAUCUAAAUAAAAACUGACAAACCAAA